AUGGUACGGCUUGUGGAAUACUCUGCGAGCUCUGACGAAGACCGCGAUGUGCGAUCUGAUGAUGGCAGUCAAUGGUCAUCCUUUGGUGAAAUUCCAUCGAGCCCAAGUGACUCACUUUCGUAUCCCAUGCCAUCACCAGAGAGUGACGAAGACGACGAAGACUACGCGCCUUCCGAGUCGUCGCUGGCUGACGCGAGCUCAGUCACGAGCUCUGUGGAUACAGAUGAUUUGGAUCCCGAUCGACAAAUAGACGAUCAACAGUUGGAGAUGAUGGAGGAUGAUGGCAAGCAAGAUACAUUUGAUAGAUCAGUGCAAGACAAUGUUAUUGAUGUGACUCAACAGGACCAGAGUAGGGUCUUUUACGCCUGGAAGGACCUUAAUGCAGCCUUUGACAACGAUAUGUUCAAAAGACGUAGUAUACAGAUAGAAAUGAAUGCUAAGAAUUUGAAAGAAGAGAAGCAGACGGAGAAAUCGAAAGCCAAUUUUUGGAAUAUGGAAACGAACACAUGGAGUUCUCAAACAACUUUUGUUCCCGGUAUCGUAGACAAGAAACCACGAGUGCGUCGACGAGCUUCUAAAAUGCAUCCUCACUUUACUGGUGUUUCACCCAGAUUCUCAACGCUAAAUACCGAAGAUCAUCAUACUACAUUGCAAAGUGACAAAUCUACAAAUUUCGUUGUCGAAAACUCGUCAAAAAUGUCGUUUGGGGGCAAAGUGAGCGUUAAAAUGAAUACAAUGGAUGAAAAUGUAUCGGAAACGACUUGUACAGAACAGAAGCCUGCGUUCAAGUCACCGUUUGGUUCGUUUGAUAACGAGAAUUUUGUCAAGAGUAUGCGCUUUCAAAGCUCUUGUGUACCAAGUGCUUCUUGUGCAUCUGAUAUUCCGAUCAGUGAUGGACCUGGUUUUGCUGAAGUUGAAAUGCCAUAUAAGUUUGCAGAACAUGGCAAUACCAACGUCUUUUCGACAAAAGUUAGAAGUGCUCAAGAGCAAAAUGAUACGGAUAUGAAUUCUCCAAGAGCUCAUUCUGCUACACGAUUGUCGAGUGGUGGUGAAUUUUUGUUUGGACAAGCGUAUAAGAAUCGACUCUCGUUUGCUUCAUUCACGCAAAAGCAGAAUGAAACGACCUCUUCAAUUGGAAUAGCUACAAAUUUUGCGAUGGCAGCAUCCGAAUUUUUGGACAAAUCAAAGUCAUUUAUGCAUGAGACAUUAAGGGAAACAGUUGAUGCUGAUAAUAAAGCUGCAAAUCCGUCAGUAUUGUUUACGACUGGUGUUGCUGGGCCAACUACGCAUCGCCGCAGAAAGAUAAGCAGUACAAGUUCAGGAAGCUGCGCAAAUGUUUUACCAACACAUAAUUUGUCAACAGCUUCGACAUUUGGCAAAUCAGUUCUGCCGACAGCAACAGCCUUUCGGGAAAGACCAGCUGUACCUUCUGGGGCUGUGUUUGACUUUUCAAAAGCUGAAGCACCUGCUCACGCUAAAGAAGUGACCUCUGCGAUACCCACAACGCAGCCAUUUACCAGCUCCUUUUUAUUUGGGGACUUGAAAGCUGUUACCUCUCAAGCACUUGAUCCUCUUUCCUACCAGACUUGCAAAGAUACAUUCGUUAGUACAUCUUUGGGUCAAACAACGUCAAAUAUCGUUUCUAGCGGACAGUAUAUGUUUCAAAGCGAUCCUAUUCAGACUCCAUUUCAAUUUGGAGAGACAAAAGUGCAGGCUGAAACAGCCACUUUUCCGUUGACUGAUCUGCAGCGUGCCAGUAUGUCAACUUUAAACUCUAAUAACUUUCAAAUUGGUUGCUCGGACACAAAACAGACUGCACGAAUCCGUUCCAGGAAGGCUGGAAUGUUUAGCAAUAAAAUUAACCUAAAGAAAGAUGCUAAAGUCGGCUUGAAUGAGCCAGAACCAUCGCCAGGGUUUUCUUUCUCAUCUCCAGCAGAGCCAUUUCCUUUUAGUACGCACGAAAGACGCAGUCGCAAGAAUGCUCGUCUUCGUCAGUCUGGACGAAAUAUUCCUGCAGAUCCGUUUGUAACAACAACCUGUCAGCCUUUUACACUUACAAAAGAAGAUCAGCCUCAAUCGAAUGCAGCAGAACCGAUUUCGUGGAAAAAGUUCUCUUCUGUCGCUGACUCUUCUUCAAGUGUUAGUGCUGAUUCAGUUGGUUCUCGUGGCGUCUUUCGAACACAAGAGCGAGCAAUCGAUCAAGACUUUAAUGCUCUAUCGAAUGAAGCACUGAAUGUAUCAUCUCAAUCAUCCAAACGUAAUCAAGAUACAACGCGUCCUGCGUUUGCUGGUCCACGACGCAUUCUUCGCGCUGCACUUCGAAACGUUGGAACACGUACGGAGCGAACGCAAUCAGCUUCACCUAGUAUGACCAAAUGUGCGGGAGGUGACGCUAAUAUGGAUAGUGAAGACGAGCGUGACUGGGAAGAGUUAAAGCGUCUUGGGAAUGUUGCACACUGCGCAAGAGAAUUUCAAGAUGCUGCUGAGUUUUACCGUCAAAGUAUUGAAGUUCUCGACUCGCUUCUUUAUCAUGAAGAGGUAGAAGAUUCGCCCGAAAUACGAACUGACAAGGCUAAACUCCAUGCAAAUCGAGCGGCAUCCUUGCUGAUGCUAAUGCAAAUUACGGAAGCUCAGCACGAAUGCAGGCGUUCGAUUGAAGUGGACAAAUCAUACGCUAGUGCGUACCUUCGACUAGGAAGAAUUCAGGUAUUACUUGGCGAUACUGCCAACGCACAAGCAAAUUUAAGUACUGCGAAACAACUGAUGGAAGGUCAUAAUAGCGAAGUCAAACCAGGGGAUAAAGCAGAUCGUGCUUCGCUAAUUAAGAUGGAAGCCAAAAUUAAGAAAUUGGUGCUGCUCCAAAGUGAGAUCAAGUGGUACGUCGACAAUGGAGACCAUGAUCAAGCUCUCAUACACACCGACAAUGCCUUAGCUCUUGCGCCGAGAAGUCGGAAGCUACAGGUUCAGAAAGCUCAAAUUUUGCUUCGUCAAAGAAAACUCGACAGUCUCAUUCAGUUUUGUUACUUUAUUAUCGAGAAACACCAAGAAACACAGCGAAAAAUGACUCGUGACGUUCAUAGCGGUGAUAAGAUCUCAAAUGAUGAAACAAUAGAGAAGAUCACUAUUCUUGGCAUUGAUCUGGGCCUUUUGUGGGCAACUACGUUGCAUUAUCAGGAUAAAGUUGACGAGGCUGUGCAAGUUCUUCAAGCUUUGGAAGCUGUGGCUCCUUGCAGUUCACACGUGAUUCAACUUAAGCGGCAAUGGCAGGAUAUGAAACAGCUAAAGUCCAAUGGAAAUGAACACUUUAAUCGAGGAGAAUACCAAGAAGCAGUACGUUAUUACUCGGAGGCAGUACUGAUUGAUCCUCAGCAUCAAGAGUUUUGCGCGAUAAUUUAUUGCAAUCGUGCUGCUGCUCAAAUGGGUUUGAAAAGGCAUCAUACCGCAAUUCUGGACUGUAAUGAAGCGUUGCAACGAAAGCCAGAAUACCCUCGUGCGUUGCUUCGCCGAGCUCGUUGUCAUGCAGUUUUGGAGAUGUAUCAUGAAGCUGUGAAAGAUUUUGAUCGGUACUUGCAGGAACAAUCUAGUGAGAGACGUGUUGACACCACGGAUGACGUUCGUAGUGAGCGGAAUGAGGCGAAAGCUGCAAUUGCUAGAGCUUGUGAAGAAGCUAAACGACGAGAAGCGGCAAAGAAGCGCGCUGAGCGGGAGCAACGCGAAGAACAUCAGAGACGCUCAAACCGGUGGGAAAACUCGUCGUGGGGAUUCCAAGAUAAUUUUCGGAAUGGCUCGAGCACUAAUGACAAUGGUAGGAAUCAAUCCUCUCAUAACAGCGGGCGAUCGUCAUUCAUGGCGCGAAAAAGUCAGCGUCGUACGCACUACGACGUGCUAGGAAUCGAGAAGAAAGCGUCAGACGACGAGAUUCGAAAGGCAUAUCGCAAGCUAGCGCUCGUGUAUCAUCCAGAUAAAGCAAAAACUUCGACACACGCAGAAUUGUUCAAAGAGAUGACAGCUGCGUACAACGUGCUAUCUGAUGGUUGCGCUCGCUCCAAGUACGACCGAGAGUUGAUGUAUAACAGAUUUGGCACAUUUUACGAAGAUUAA